UCAACUAGCUUCGUAAACCCUCGCUUUUGCACCUGCUACCCGUCUCUCCCUCUCUCUCUCUCUUCACUGCCACGCCCACACACAAGUCAAGCCUUUGAAGGAGUAAUUUCGUCGAUCAAUUGGCGUACAAGAAGUGAAGAAGCGUAGGAAUCAUGAAAGGCAGCAAAACUACUAUCUUGACACUUGCUGAGAAAUGCAAGAAUAUACUUGCCUCCAAUUGGCAAGCUCAACUUAAUACCAUCAAAGCUGAUGCCAAAGGAAGCAAGGGGGGCAUAUACAGUUCAAAAGUCAAGUACAUACUCAAGAAGGGGAAGCCAUAUCUCUGGGUUAAUGAAAAAGACAUGCAUAAUGUGAACACAAUCAUUGAUGACCGUGCUUCAUUGGCUGUUGCUAGUCCCUUUCCAGGACCCCUGGCAAAUUUAUUCAAAUCGAUGCAGAAGUUACCAGCUAGGAUUGCGAUAACUGGGAAUGUUGUGCCUCUUAAGGAGGAAAAGGUUCAGCUGGUUGCAGAAAGCCUUAAAGAAGUCAUGCUUUCUGAACAGCGGCAGAUCAAUGAGGCCCCCUAUACAGUUUCUGGUGUAUUAAGUUCUUCUAAUCUUAUUACCACAUCACGAAGUGAAAACCUUAAGGAGCUAUUGGAUGGUGUUGAAGAAUACGGUGUUUAUAGAUUCAAUCUAAGUUCUUGCAUGUUUAUUGAUGGCCAUGGACGCACUCACGAAGUGGAUAUGGAAGCUAUUGAAGCGUCUAAAGUAGAUCCAUUAGCAUUUCUUUCCGCAAAGCUAAUCGAUGGCAUCAAUCGAAGUGAAUCAAGGCGUAGAGCUCUAGUACUUUUUUGUUUCGUGUACUUGAAUGCAGAUGCAAGGGAUGCUUUUAUGCUCGCUGUUGACCGCAAGGGAUUUGAUGUGCUGGCAAAAGUUCCUAGUUCACGAUUAAAGGAUGGCACCAGUGAAUACGUAUGGAAACAAUUCAGAUUCCCUUUCAAAGAAGAGGCGCUUGAUGUUGAAACCUUUUGCCAUCAACUUGUGAAAAUGGAGGAGGAGGCUGUCAAGAAGGUUUCAGGCUACAGCGGUUUAACAUGAAGGAUGAUUUUGACGAUAUUGCAAGUGAAGGAAUCAUCCAAGAAGCGUGUGACAGUGAAAGUUUUGCAUCUGCUCGGAAGAUGGAUGUCUAGAAGGGUUUUGAAGACAAUAGCUUAGAAUCCGAACCAUAAUAUUUGAUGGUUUAUCUGGUGCGUGCGCAUGUAUUUCAUACAUAGGGACAGAUAGGCCCGAUUUAAUUCUUGAGGGGAGAGGUUUUUGUUAAGAAUAUGGCUCUAUAUUUCGCUCAUCAAAGAAAGCUAUGGGUUUCUAUUUA